AAAGCGAAGAAAAACUGUCCCGCAAACAGAAAAUCCAGUACCGAAUAGUCUAAAUGAUGUAAUUGAUAAAACGUCGCAUAAACCACCGAGAUCUGAUUCAUUCAACAACAAAAAAGUUGAUUCAGACCCGGG